UGUUGAUUGAUUAGGCGGCCCGUCGUCUUCUUUCUUUUUCUCUUGCUUGGACUCGUAGCAAUUUAUCAAUGCCCUCCUUCUCUGACCGGGGAAGCUCCGAAACAGCCAAAGGUCAAAGCAAGAGGAGUUCCAAGUCUUCUUCCUACUUGCUACAAUCCUACCUUCUCCUCUCCUCUCUCUCUCUCUCUCUCUCUCCCCCUUUCUCUAUCGCUCUAUAUAAUAGCAGUUGUGUUGGUCUCCUCCUAGAAAUUGAUCUCGGCCUCUCUAUUUCCUGCUGCACGUUUCUCUCCAGAAGGAAUCGUGAAUCGGGAGGAUCGAAAGGGAAUCUGUAAAGAACAAAAGGAUGAAUUUUGUCAGCCGGAAGAUCCAUCUUUACAACGUCACCAUGGGCCUCUACAUGCUAGAUUGGUGGGAGAGAUACCUAUUCAACAUAUUGAUCAUCGUGUUGCUCUGGUUCAUCUGCUACAAUGGGACUCGGUCGGCCAGCGUACUCUACAACAGCCACAUCAAGCCCAACUUAAUGAUUGGGGGGAACUUUGCAGCAGGAAACAUAUCAUACUAGAUGUCAACAAACUAGAUAAGGAUGAUGUGUUUGAACUAUUGUUAAGAUGUAAGCAUGCAAGCUUAUGCUUCCUCAGAUAUCAAGACUGUCAUCAUUAUGUUUGUAAAUCUAAUUAGUUCUUCUGUUAUUAACAAACAAUUUGUUUUCCCAGCAAUGUCCUGGUGUGAUAAUCUAUUUUGUUAAUUACUUCCUGUCAUGAUUUUGAUUUUCUGCAACUUCAUCUAUGAAAUUUCAGAGGAAUUCUCUGUUUAUGAUGUUAUUCA